ACUCCAGUAUCGUGGGCUGCGGCCAACGGAUGGAUAGAGUACUUGAAGCAAAGCAAAAGCACGGGUCUUGACAAAGAAGACAAAAUCGGAAGAACUCCGCUCUCAUGGGCCGCGGGGAGCGGCCAGAAAGAGACCACUGAACUCCUACUCAAUGAAGGAGGGACAGAUAUCAACAAAAGGGACAACGAAGGCAGAACACCACUAUCAUGGGCGGCUGAGAAUGGCUGCGACGAGACUGUGAUAAUGCUUCUGGCAAAGAAAGCCGAGAUUAAUCCAGACCUUCCCGAUAAUAGAGAUCGCACACCACUUUUUUUAUGCGGCAGAAGCAGGUCACACUGAUAUCGUGCUGGCUUUAGUGAAUGUAAUUGGGAAUUUUGAUUUUUCUGAUCGUGACGGCGAGACACCCUUGUCAAGAGCUGCACAAAACAAACAUGUUGAAGUCAUGCACAUUCUGGUAGAGAAAAAACUGAACGAAGAGUCAGAAAACUCCAAGAAGUUUGAGAGAUGGCAAUUGUGGGCUCCGAGAUACUUGAAUAAAGCAGCAGAAAGAGGAUGGGAAGCCUUGGCGCAGAUACUAAUCCGGCACAAGGUGGAUGUUGAGAGUUUACAUCGGAAUGGUACUGGCGACUCACAAACGGCAUUGUGCACAGCGGCAGAGAACGGACACGCGCAGGUCGCUGAUGUUCUCCUGAAGGCUGGUGCAAAGCUGGACUUCCGGACCGAGAAAACCAAAGACAGUCCACUCACAUUUGCGAUUUGGGCGGGCAAAAGAGAGGUGGUAAAGCUGCUCUUAGACGUCGGUGCUAACUUCACCGAACCGAAUGCUAUGGCUAAGACACCCAAAAAGCUUGCAGAGGAAGGAGGUCAUCGUGAGAUCUUGCAGAUGCUGGCCGAGAAGGAGAAGGAUGGAUUGCUUGCCGAAACGACGGAGAAAUUGGAUCAUUCGGUUGAUCAAGCUUUCGAGGCAGAGGUUGUUACUUUCACACGCAGUUCGGAUGCCUAUCAGCACAAUGUCGAAUCUAUGUCAGUCUAUGACCUUCUCGAUAAGGUAAAUCCUCUCGGUGUGGGUGAGCAUAGGGAUAGUGAUGUAUCACUGAGAUGGUUUCACCUUCCAGCCAAUAAUAUGAGAUGGGUCGAGGUUCUUGUAUCAAAGCUUUAUGACAAUUCGGCCCAAGCAUACCGUUUUCUGAGUGGGGAGCGGUGGGUUGGUCGGCAGCAUCAUAGUCUCUCCGACAUUCCCCACGCACGAUUUAUGCAACCACUCUGUCAAACCUUUCAGGCCCUCUCUAAUCCGACCUCGGGCACUGCCACGAUCCCGGUAUUGAACGACCAUUCUAGAGAAUGUUUGGUUUUAUUUAUGCCGUUUCUCCAUUGGGAUACAGUAGAUAAUCAAAGCAACACGAGCAUCAAUCAACAUCAGGGGAGCAACGACAUUUCGGUUGAUACUAAAGCGCAAAGUCUAUUGAGAGCAUACUUGCGAGACCCUCAUCCAUUGCACAUCAGGCGCACUCUAGAUCAAUACUACUACUAUGCAAUGGAAAGUACUGAAGAACGAGAUUCAGACCAAGUUGUCACCCGCUACCAAAAAAAGUAUCAUCUGGAACCAAAGGUGAUAACGAUGGUAGAUCAGUUGUGGCUAUGGGUCUUGGCUGGAGAAGGUGACCGUGCAGAUACUGUCAUUACUUGCUUUCCUCAGAGAGAUAGGUCUUCCGGAGACCUAGAUCGUUACGACUUCACUGACGUCUUGAUCAACAUCAAGCUACACUUGCUUAAUGAGAAAUCAUCUUUCAUGACAGGCUUUGAACUGGCAGGUAUAAUUGCUAGUCAAUGUUCAAGGGCUUAUUUGGACAUCGCUAGAUUGGAUAAGACACCAGGGUUCUCGGAAAUAUACGAGACGGCGAUUAGUGAUGUGGUCAGUAGUGACAUUACAACGAUUCAUUGUAUCAAUGCUUACGAGAAGAACAAAGAUGCACGAAGAGUCGAAGCUUUUUGACGAGUUCAAUGUCUUGACGAAAGCACCUGAUGAUGAAAAUGAUCUCACAUAAAACAUAGCUAGAGCUCUUGCUCAAAAUU